GUUGAGAGUGACGAGAGGAUAUUUCACUGGGGAUCGGCUACACCGUGAUCGAUUUGACUGUGAGCGUUAAAUCAACGCAUCGAAAGCUGCAGCGAGGUCACUGCGUCACACACGUGAGCUUACUGAUCAUGGAUCGAUGUGCUGGCAAAUUCCCACAAGAGAUUUUGGAACGUACUGCCUCCAUUGUAGGAUGCAGUAUUACUGAUGAGAAGCUUGCAGUUCAUUUAGAUCAAGAAGAUGAACUGCAACAUCUUCGAGACCAGUUCCAUAUUCCCAAAAGUAAAGACCUGCCUUCCAUUGACCCAGCUUUGAUAAAUCCAGAAGAAGAAUGUGUUUACUUAUGCGGACACUCUCUUGGACUGCAACCGAAGAAAACAAAGGGUUAUAUUAACGAAGAGCUUGAUAUUUGGGCCAGAAUAGGUGUUCACGGUCAUUUUCAUGGAUCUUAUCCUUGGGCGUUAGGCGAUGAAUGCCUUACUGAACGAAUGGCUAAUGUAGUUGGUGCUAAAAAAGAAGAAACUGCGUUGAUGAAUGGACUGAGCGUGAACUUGCAUCUCCUGCUGUUGUCUUUCUACAAACCGUCAUCAAGUAGACAUAAGAUUCUCAUAGAAGCGAAUGCAUUUCCUUCUGAUCAUUAUGCAGUGGAGUCUCAAAUCCGUCUUCAAGGUCGCGAUCCAAAGGAAAGCAUGCUUUUGCUGUCUCCUGCAGAGGGUGAAAAGACUCUGCAAACAGAGGAUAUUUUAUCUACAAUCGAAAAGGAAGGUGACAGUAUUGCCGUGAUUCUCCUCAGCGGAGUACAAUAUUACACUGGACAGCUUUUUGACAUGCUUUCAAUAACAAAAGGAGGGCAUGCGAAGGGGUGUUAUGUUGGCUUUGACCUUGCCCAUGCUGUUGGGAAUGUCGAACUGCAUCUACAUGACUGGAACGUGGACUUUGCCUGCUGGUGUAACUACAAGUAUUUGAAUUCUGGUGCUGGAGCUUUAGCAGGAGCCUAUAUACAUGAGAAACAUAAAUCUACCAUAAAGCCAACGUUACUUGGUUGGUGGAGUCAUAACUUUAAAUCCAGAUUUCAAAUGGACAACAAAUUGGAUCUAAGUCCAGGGGUGAAUGGAUUUCGAAUAUCUAAUCCCCCAAUCUUAUUGGUUCGCUCAUUACAGGCUAGCCUCGAGAUCUACAAUGAAACUGACAAGAAAGCAUUGAGAAAAAAAUCUGUUCUACUUACUGGCUACUUGGAGUAUCUGAUCAAGCAUUAUCACUCAAAAGAUCCAGAUAAUCCACAGAAAUUUUACAUCGAUAUCAUUACUCCCUCAAAUAUUGAGGAACGAGGCUGCCAGCUGUCACUGUUGUUCUCAGACCACAUCAAAAAGGUCUUUGUAGAACUAAUGAAAAGAGGAGUUGUUGCUGACAUCCGGGAACCAAUUCUUCGUAUAGCCCCUGUACCUCUUUAUAACUCAUUUUAUGAUGUGUACAGAUUUGUCAGCAAAUUGAAUGAAUCACUUAAUUCCGUAUCACGUGAACUCAAGGAUGGAAUGUAGUGUGGGAUGUGCAAAGUUUCAUUGUGUAAGGAGUACCCCCCGUGACAGAAAAGUGAUCAUUCUGCUUGUUCAGAUUUCGGGACUGAUAAACUAGAAGUCAGAAACCAGGUUAUUUUUAAUUAAGAACUGCUUGUUUCAAAUGAAUAAUUUAUAAGUUCAGCUCUACUAGAAAUUUCAUGGUAUGGUCUCAUGACAGAGAUCAUUGUUUAACAGCCAAGCAGACAACAAGUGUGCAAUUGACCUAUGAGCUUUGGUUAAGUGAUUUCAGAGCGUUAAUUCUAAACCAUUCCAAUUUAGUCAAUUGCACUACUUCUGAAAUAUCAAAUAUUGUGAAAGAAAUAGUGGCCGCAACGGUAGCAAAUUACUGAUUUGUGCAUUUGCUUUACCAGUCCACUAGGCAGAAGAGAAACUAAAGGAAGAUGUCUGUCAUUGAUGAAUUUCAUAAUACAUUCAGUAUUCAUUGUUGUGCAGCACAGAAAUGUGCCCAUUAGCCCACGUCCAUGCCUUCCUUUUUGCCAUUUUCACUUUAUCCUACUUCCCUACAUUAAAUCUGUAUAAGUCUAUGCCUUGCCCUAUUAAAUGUCUGUCUAAAUUUCUCUAAAACAUAAUGGUUAUGCCUGAUUCCAUCACCUCCUGUAGUAGUGAGUUCCAGAGAUCAACCAAGCAGUGUGUAAAAUAAAAACAACAGGAAUUCUGCAGAUGCUGGAAAUUCAAGCAACACACAUAAAAGUUGCUGGUGAACGCAGUCCUGACGAAGGGUCUCGACCUGAAACGUCGACUGCACCUCUUCCUAGAGAUGCUGCCUGGCCUGCUGCAUUCACCAGCAACUUUUAUGAGUGUGUAAAAUAACUUCAUUUUAAAGUGUUUGCCUCUCACCUACCCCUGUAGUUUUUGAUGUCCCUAAUCUGGGGAAAAAGGUUCUCUCAACAUUGUCUAUGCUUCUCUUAUCGUGUCAUCCCUCAGCCUUCUUCACUUGAAAGAAAAAAAACCCAGCUUAUCCAGUUUCUCCCCAUCACUGAAAUUCUCCAGUCCAACAGAUUCUGUGAUGAAACACCCCUGCACUCUCUCCAGUGCAGCAGCAUACUUUCUAUUAUCUGGAAGGAUGUUUUGCAUUGGACAGAAUUCAGAGGAGUUUAUGACUUGACCACAAAUACAGGCAAUAUCCCAAGGGCAACCUAACCAGUGCUUUGUAAAGUCGUUACAUAAUUUCCCAGCAUUUAUAUUUCAUGCCCCAAACAAUGAAUGCAGGCAUGUCAUAUGCGAUCUUCACCAUCCCAUCUACCUGUGUUGCCACCUCCAAGGAUAUAUGGCUGCUCACCCUUAUGAGAACAUGCUGGGUCUCAUUAAGUCUCUUUAAACAAUUGCCACACGUCAUUUUACCCUGGCAUGUCUGCUCCCAGUCUACUUUUGCAUGGCCCUCACCAACACUGUUGAAAUCAGCCUUGCCUCAUUUCAAGAUAUUGAGUGUCAAACCUAUGCCCUUUCAUAACUAGCUUGAAGCUUGAUAUUCCAGAAGUGUUCCCAAUAAACACUUCAUUUCCUAAGGUAACUUGAAAACUAUUGUGAGACAGAAAUUACUCAAAUCAAAUCUUUAACUACAAAGUGUUGAGUACAAUCAGAGAUUCAUAAAAAUGAUACAUAUGUAAUGCAAAAUAAACAUGAAGGAAGUCAUCAUUUGUACACUCACCUGUUCCAUUUUCUAUAAUUCCACUCAGCAAAAAGAGAAUUUCUUUUGGUUAAACGAACUAAGUGUUAAAAGGAAACACUGCAUUUUCAAAAGAGAGAAAAAUUGAGCCAUUGACAAGUUGAUGUGAUAAUUUUCCUGAACAUACUUAACAAAUUCCUCACCAUACAAGCCCUUAAUGCUAUGGCAUUCCCCAUCAAUGUUUAGAAAGUUAAAUCCCCUACUAUUACAAACCUAUUAUUAGAAUAUGAAAGAAAACAGCACUGGACAGGCCAUCUUGAUGCUAAUUUACACUGAAUGUCUUCCUCCUGUGUAUCAUUCAUCUCCUUCCAUUCCCUUCAUAUACAUGUGUAUCUGAAAGCCUCUUAAACGAUUACCAGACUGCAUGCUUCUGUAUAAAAAAAACUUGCCCCUCACAUCACUUUUAAACUCCUCCCCCCCCCCCACCAAUCAACUUAAAAUUAUGUCCUCUGGUGUUUGACAUUUCUACCCUGGUGAAAAGAUGUUGACUGUCGACACUAUCUGUGCUUCACGUAUCUGACAAGCCUCACCUCUGCUUCCAAUACUCUAGGAAGAACAAUCCAAGUUUUCCCACUCUUUCUUUACAGCUCUUAAUCCAGGCAGCAUCCUGGUAAACCUAUUCUGCACCCUGUCCACAGUCUCUGCAUUUUUUCCAAGAGUGGGGUGACCAAAACUGCGAGCAGUGCAGUCUGACUGAAGUUUUAUAUAACCUCAGCAUGACUUUCUUACUCUUAUAAUCAACAAUCCUACCAAUUAUUCUUACAGCUAUCUGUGACAUCCUUACAUUAUUUGCUCCUUUCUUCCUGCUGACUAUUGAGGAGUCUAUGUUACAACCCCAUCAACAUGAUCACCCCCCUUCAUGCAUCACAGUUCCACCCAUUCCAACUCAUUGGAUGAUUCUCCAGGAGUUUCCUCCCUUACUAAUGACACUUAGUGUUAACCAUAAGCAUAUAAAUUUGAGUUAAGUAAGUUGCAGUUAAUCCUCAAUAAAUUUGCUUUUUUGUACUUAUAGCUCAGUGAAAAAUAAUCGCAUAUUAAAUUCAAGUUGAUAACUUCUGUGUAGUUGGGAUCAUAGAAUUUGAAGUUAAUAUGUGAUUAUUUUACAUAUAUCAGAAGUCUGUGGAGCAGAAGCUAGUUUUCACCCAACUUCAUAACAGCAUCUAAUAUCCGAAGACUGCCCAGUACUCUCCAUUUACAUUUUGGGCAGUUUACUUUAUUGGCGGUAACCAUUGGAAAAGUAGAAGAGCUAGAAAAGAUUAAUGCAGGUUGACAGCAAUAUAGGGGAGCUGUGGAUUUAGAAUGAGUACCUUUACCAAUGUGCCCGCCAGUGGUUUAGUGGCAUCCGCACCGGACUUUGAUACGAGUGGACUCAGGUUCGAAUCCAGCCAGCUCCUCGUAUGUUUUCCACCCCUGCUGGGUUUAGCUUUGAGCUAACAACUCCGCCACUUAAAAAACAACAGACAAAUGCUGAAGGAACACCAAGGUUGUCGCCCGAUGCAGCACAAGGCUGGAGAGGAACAACAAUGAUGACUUCUGUUGAUUACAUAGUAAUAUAAGCUUAAGAAUAUGGUAUUUAAUCAAGACUUUCAAACAUUGUGGGGACCCUUUCUGAAUUAUUUUCAAAACCUUUGAUUUGCUGUUAAAGCACAGAUGAUGACUAACAAUCUUUUUUUUCUAUUAAUCAGCUUCAGUGUUGGUAGUGGGUUAGAUUUUUUUAAUAUAAAAUAAUUAUUAUUUUUCAAUGUUACGAACUAAUUGAUUUGUACGAAUAUAGGGU